UUCUCAGAUGUUACUCCAGAGGUGACAGUGUAAGCCAUUUUGAAGCUUACCCGACCUUGACGUUUCUUUCACCUGUGGCCAAUUGUUGGAGCAUCCUCCCUUCACCAUCGAAUCGCCAAUAUGCCUUCGUAUGACGUCACAGAUGUUAACUCGCCCAACGGAAGUAGCCAAAUCAAAACAGAACCAUCCGGCCCCCUGCCUAGCAAAACUUCCAACCCCAGAAUGUCCAGCCCGUCCUCCAGAGCCGGCCGUAACCCCUUGGAGCACCAGGUGUCCAACGCUUCCCUCAGGCGCCGCCAGUUUCAGAGACGCCAAUCUUCCACCUUCGACUUCCCUCACCUAGACUCGGUCCAGUCUAUGCCAAGCUUGCAGUUGGAGGAGUUGGAUCUAGAUGCAGUUUUAUCACAUUUGUCAACGUCAGCAACAUCACGACAUACAACUUGAGUUCGGUCACUGAAGCUCCAGAGUCUCAAAAAUGUCCGGAGGUGCCAAAGAGUGAAAAGGACACGGAAUUUCACUGGAGCAAAGCACUGACCGGACUUAUCCUUGGUUCUUUUUUCUGGGGAUACCUCGUCUUCCAGAUACCUGGAGGCCGGCUCAGUGAAACGAGGUCAGUUCGGAAACGCUAUUAUUUUCCCUAUCGGAGGUUUCCUGUGUGCCUAUGGCCCGGAUGGAGGCUGGCCUGCUGUCUUCUACGUCAUUGGAGGUGUUGGCUUUAUCUGGUGCAUACUGUGGGUCAUCUUUGCCCACGACACCCCAGCGGACAGUAAAAGUAUCGGAGAGCUGGAGAAGAAGUAUAUCCAACUGUCUCUGGGUGAAAGGACCAAGGCGAAACAGGUAAAGACCAUCCCGUGGAGAUCCCUACUUCUGUCAGGCCCGGUGUGGGGUAUCCUGGUGGCUCACAUGUGUGGAAACUACGGAGCUUACAUGUUGCUCACCAAGAUACCUGCAUACAUGAAGGAAGUCCUCAAGUUUGACAUCAAAUCCAACGGUGUGUACUCCAUGCUUCCGUACCUGACGUUCUGGUUCUUCAUCACAGUGAGCGGCACGCUGGCCGACCUGCUCAUCUCACGGAACAUCCUGUCUGUCACCUGGACCAGGAAAGUCAUGUCCGUCAUUG